AUGCUUCACAUAACAACAACAUACUUCGCUGCAGACACAAAGUCCCAACAACCCCAACACCAACUCACACCAAACCUCCAUCCAACAAUCCACCACAUCCCACAUCACACCUCACAAUCACUACACUCACAUCACAACACACACUCCCAUAGGACCACUCGUACACCCAUCCCGCCAUCACCUACCGCAACUCAAACCACACGCCAACAGUACACCACAAAACCACCAGCACCCAAACAUAGACGCCACCAACACACCCUCGUGCUGACACAAUCACCGAACCACCUACCUACACUCACCAUUCCAUCCACACUAACACCCACACGCUUGUUUGCUUAUAUCUACACUGCACCCUCAACACAGCCCCACUCCCACACACAUCAUCCACUAACCCAAUACGUGCAACACUCCCCAUCCUAUCCAACAAUCUCUCCAUACAAGUCCCAUAUCCACACAGAGCGGCACACGCAGUCCCACAACCAUACAAACACAGUCGCUCGCACUACAGAUCAGCAAUACCGCACAAUCUAA